CCAGAACAGAUCCCUCCCCCCUCUCGCGCCUCCAGCCCCCCUGCCCCCCCCCCCCCCACCCUGCCCUGCCGCUGCCCUGCCCUCCUGCCGCCGCCUGUCGCCGUCGCCGGUCGCCGCCGUCGCCUCCGUCAAGGCCAAUCCUGCCGUCUCACCGCUCCUGCCACCGCACGGUUCCGCCGUCAACUCCUACGAAUUUGCAAGAAUGAGUGAUAAUCGAUCGUGGAUGUACGCGAGAUACAAUGAUCGUGCUGCAUUUGAAACGGGACUUGAGAGUUUCCUCGAGUUUGCGAUAAAUCAAACAGCGUAUACAGAUGGAAUUGGUAACAUUAGGUGCCCGUGUAGGAAGUGUAAGAAUAAAGUCUUUGCAUCUGUACCUACAGUCAGAGAACAUGUUACUAGGCGUGGAUUUGUCCACAAUUACACGAACUGGUGUUAUCAAGGGGAAGCACCAGUGUAUAUGCCAGCAGAACAUACUAUAAUGGAUGAGGAUGAUGGGUCAUACAGUAAUUACCAAAGGAUGGUGCAUGAUCAUGCUGGACCUAGUAAUUAUCAAGAUCCUCCAAAUCUUGAGGAGCCGCCUAAUCCUGACGCUCAACAAAUUUAUGACAUGUUGAACGCAGCCGAUAGUCCUCUAUACCCAGACUGUGAUACUUACUCACAGUUAUCCUGGAUGACACAGAUGAUGAGCAUAAAGGUUGAAAAUCACAUGUCAGAGAGAUGUUUUAAUCAGAUAUCUGAGAUGGUUCAAAAGGCUUUACCGAAGGAUAACAACUGCCCUGACAGCUUUUACAGUACGAAGAGAAAUCUGCGCGGGUUGGGUUUGCCAGUAGAGAAGAUUGAUUGUUGCGUUAAUAACUGCAUGUUGUAUUGGGGGGACGACAGUGAGCUAGAGAGUUGUAAUUUUUGUGGUGCAUCACGAUAUAAGGAGAACUUGCGUGCAUCUGGAAGCCGCCGAAAGAAACGUGUGGCCGCCAAACAGAUGCACUAUUUUCCUUUGACGCCCCGACUGCAAAGGUUGUUUGCAUCUGCGGCAACAGCCGAAAAUAUGCGAUGGCAUGCGACUUCAAUAGAAGAUGGGAUCAUGCGCCACCCAGCAGACUCUCCGGCAUGGAAACACUUGAAUUCAGUAUAUCCUGGAUUCACCGAGGAGAUAAGAAAUGUGAGAUUAGGCCUUUCUACAGAUGGUUUUGCCCCAUUUGCACAAUCAGGGCGUCAAUAUUCUUCUUGGCCGGUCAUUGUCACACCGUAUAACUUGCCUCCGUGGUUGUGCAUGAAAGAACAAUUCAUGUUCCUCACUGUCCUCGUGCCUGGGCCAUCUAACCCAAAGAUGAAGUUGGAUGUUUUCUUACAGCCACUGAUACAUGAGUUGAAAUAUUUGUGGGAGGUUGGUGUGAACACUUAUGACAUAUCGUUGCAGCAAAAUUUUCAGAUGCGGGCAGCUCUAAUAUGGACUAUUAGUGAUUUUCCAGCGUACGCUAUGUUGUCUGGGUGGGGUACAGCUGGGAAAUUGGCAUGUCCACACUGUAUGGAGAAUACAGACGCAUUUACACUAACGAAGAGUGGUAAACAAUCGUGGUUUGACAAUCAUCGGAAGUUCUUACCUCGUGACCAUGUGUUUAGGAGAAAUAAGACUUCAUUCUUGAAGAAUAAGACAUGCAAUGUGGGUCCACCAGAACACAGAUCCGGAAUAGAAAUCUUGAAUCAAAUUGAGGGGUUGGGCUUCGUGAAGGUUACCGAAGACUUCGAUAACAAGAACGCUCAACUUGCAAAAUAUGAACAUGUUGGGUGGAAGAAGAAAAGCAUAUUUUGGGAUCUUCCCUAUUGGAAGGACCUUUUGAUUCGACAUAAUCUGGAUGUCAUGCACAUUGAAAAAAAUGUGUUUGAUAAUGUGUUUAAUACCGUCCUCAAUGUGAAGGGGAAGACAAAAGAUACCGAAAAGUCGAGAGAAGAAUUGAACAUCUUCUGUCGACGGCCUGAAUUGAAGAAAGUGGAUGGAUCCCGACUGUAUCCAAAAGCAUGUUAUACGCUUGAAAGGGAUGAAAAGAAAAUCUUACUUCAAUGGAUCAAGAGUCUUAAGUUUCCCGAUGGGUACAUGUCAAAUAUUAGCAGAUGCGUUGAUUUGAACGCUCUGAAGAUGCAUAACAUGAAAAGCCACGACUGUCACGUGUUCAUGCAAUUACUACUACCUGUAGCCUUUAAAGAACUUCUUCCUAAGAAUGUUUGGGAGGCAAUUACAGAGUUAAGUUGUUUCUUUAGAGAAUUAACAGCCCGCAAUAUCUCAAUACAUGAUAUGGGAAUACUCAAUGAGAAGAUAUCAGUUACUCUAUGCAAACUUGAGCGUAUCUUCCCCCCGAGUUUCUUUGAUUCAAUGGAGCACCUACCAGUUCAUUUGGCAGAUGAAGCACGAUUGGCUGGUCCAGUGCAGUAUCGGUGGAUGUAUCCUUUUGAACGAUAUUUGAGGACAUUGAAAAAUCAUAUCAGAAACAAAGCUCAGGUUGAAGCAUCCAUCAGCAAUGCAUAUAUACUAGAGGAAAUGUCUACCUUCUCUUCAUAUUACUUUGAGGAUCAUGUGACUACAAAGUGGAGAAAUUUGCCUCGCAAUAUUGAAGAGUCUGUUGAAGACAGUGAUGAUCCUAAUCAACUCUUAAUCUUCAAACCAGUUGGACGUCCGAUUGGGCGAAUGACAAAGAGAUACAUGGAUCCUAAAGAAUACAUGGCUGCGCAUAUGUAUAUUUUGAGCAAUUGUGCGGAGGUUGCAAACACAUAUAUCAAGAUCUUCGAGGACGAAAUGCGCUACGUAAAUCCUUCACUAACCGAAGCCGAGUUAGAGAGUGCUUUCGACAAGGAUUUUAUGUUGUGGUUUGGCCAUUAUGUGAUUCGCCCUUCUAACAAUGAUUUGAACCCGUAUAUCAAGUCGCUUGCAGCCGGGCCUUUAACUGAGAUUGAGACAUACUCGGGGUAUUUUGUGAAUGGCUAUAGAUUUCACACGACUGAUCUUGAUGGAGAGCGCGCAACUGUGAACAGUGGCGUGUGCAUAAAAGGCUCGGUCUAUGGUAGAGAUGUGCAAGACUUUUAUGGGCGUCUACAAGAGGUGUGUGUGCUGGAGUAUGGGGGUACUGUGGACAUUGACCCACCAAUUCUUGUUCAUCCCCUCGGUGGAAUCGUUGACAUUGAAGAUGACGAUGACCCAGAAGACGACGACCAAUCGUUGACAUCUGAUGACGCCAGUAAUGAUGACGACGCCAGUAAUGAUGAUGACAGUAGUUGA